UGUAUCAACGCCUCACGAAGGAGUACAUCACCUUCACUCUGCUACUGAUAUUCCCCAAUAUUAUUUUCCCCGGAGGAUAUUACACCAUAUAUAGAUCUCGCAUUUUCGAGGAUAUCAGUAUUUGAACUUUUGUUAUCUUGUGAGCUAAAAGUUCAGUACAGGUGAUAGUUUCUAGACGGUGUCAGCAAACUCACACCAACAUGAUUCUCCGUCCUUGGGUGACGGUAACCAACUUGCUGUUGCUGUUGAUGGUGAGCACUGAAGCACAAGAGGAAUGUCCAUGGAUUGAGUCAAUGAAUUCAGAUUGUAUUGAGAAAACUGUUUGCCAACAAAGAGGAAUUGGCUUUUAUAUUUGGGAAGAUUGUGCGUUAGACAGUAAGCUGUUUGACUAUAAUGGUACAGCUGCAUUCAGUGAAAACUGUGAAUAUUUCUCAGUGAAAGGAAAAACAAUAUCCCUCAAAAAGCUUUUUAAUGCUGAGACCGACAAUGAACCACUGAAGAUUUGUUCAGCCAUUUUUCUUAAAGCCCCUGUUACUCAAUUCUACAUCCUGGAUGUGAAUGAAUUUGACCCAACUCCUAUUUCUCAGGGUCUGAUAUUUGAAACUCAUGUGAAAGAGGGUGUUGAACCUUUAGUCAUUGCAACUGUGAACUAUACUGAUGAUGACUGGAAAGAGACUGAAGGCUUGCAGGUUGAAAUGAUUUCUGCUGAUAAAAGAGCUUGAGAUGAAAAAUGAAUACACAAAUAA